UCGGGUCAUUAGUUCUAUAAAUAAAUACACACACAGAUGGACACAACACUUUGAUAACAUAACAAACACCAAAGUCUCUCUAUCUCUCCUUGCCCAUUCAUUAUCUCUUCUCUUGAAUGUUCUGUUUCUUGUUAAGACAUUAAGAUCCAAGUGAGAGAGAAGAGAGAAAAGAGACCUCUUUGGUUUGGUGACAGAAGAUGCAGGUAGUUGCGAGCUUCGAUUUUCAGCCUUCGCCGUUCUCACACGGCGCCGGUGAUAUUCUCAUUUCUCCGGUAGACCGCCGGGAUGAAUCUUUAGUGCCGGAGAAAUCAUCACUCGGAGAAAGCGCGUGUGAAGACGACUCGACUAGCUUGGCGGCGGUGAAAGUGCAGAAGGUUUACAGAAGUUAUCGCACGCGGCGUAGAUUAGCUGACUCUGUCGUCGUCGCCGAAGAGCUCUGGUGGCAAGCGAUGGACUAUGCGAGGCUUAAUCAUAGUACUAUUUCGUUUUUUGAUUACUCGAGACCUGAAACUGCUGUUUCUAGGUGGAAUCGUGUGAGCUUGAAUGCUUCUAAGGUGGGGAAGGGACUGUCCAUAGUCGACAAAGCUCAGAAGUUGGCCUUUCAGCACUGGAUUGAAGCUAUUGAUCCUCGACACCGGUAUGGACACAAUCUGCAUAAAUACUAUGAAGAAUGGUGUAAAGCUGAUGCUGGUCAGCCUUUCUUUUACUGGUUGGAUGUUGGAGGAGGGAUAAAUCUAGAACUUAACGAGUGUCCGAGGUCAAAGCUUAAGCAGCAAUGCAUUAGAUAUCUUGGACCUCAAGAGAGGGAAGAGUAUGAGUAUGUGAUCAUAGAAGGGAAGAUUGUUCACAAGUUAACUGGAAAGUUUCUACACACUAUGCAUGGAUCCGAGGGAACUAAAUGGAUCUUUGUUAUGAGUACUUUCAAGAAACUCUAUGCUGGUCUGAAGAAGAAAGGAAGGUUCCAUCACUCAAGCUUUUUAGCCGGAGGAGCAACAUUAGCCGCCGGGAGGGUGAUUGUUGACGAUGGAGUUCUCAAGACAAUCUCUGCAUACAGCGGACAUUACAGGCCAUCAGAUGAUAGCCUUGACACAUUCCUCUCGUUUCUCAGAGAGAACGCAGUGAACCUUGACGAUGUUGAGGUCCACAAAGCUAGUGAAGAUUCCGACACCUACGAGGAUUACGUUAAAUCCAACGGAGGAGAUGAUCCCGAAACGUUAAAGAAAGAGGACUCAACGUUACAAGCAGAGACUGAAACAGAUGAAAACAGUAACGGAACACUUGGUACACUUGAAGAGGCGAAACGUAGUAGUUACCAGAGAACGCUCUCAGGUGCACUUGAGAGUCCAAAAGCUAAUGUGCCUCAGAAGUCAAUGCUACUAAGGAUCAACUCAAAGAAACAGUCAAGAUCCUUACAGUUGGGUCAUCAGCUAUCGCUGAAAUGGUGUACCGGAGCUGGUCCAAGGAUCGGUUGUGCAGCUGAUUACCCGGUUCAGCUCAGAACACAGGCGUUGGAGUUUGUUAACUUGUCUCCAAGAUACCGAAGCAGCACACUUUCUCCGACCGGGAGGCUUGAUGUCUGAUCAAACGUUGUUUUAAGUAGUAGUUUAAUUAAUCCAUAGGCUCUUCUUCUGUGACUUCUUUAUUAACGUGUGAGACUGUGAGUUCUAUCUAAAGUUUUUGUUGUGUUUUUAUUUUUCACCUGGAUGAGAUGAAGUAGAAGUAAGCCAAUGAGAUGUCUUUUAUCAGUUUAUGUGUAAAAGCUAUUUUCAAGCUAUUUUCACUGAUAAUGAAGAGAGAACGUUUUACAAUUUUCA